AUGUAUAUCAGUGGAUUACGUAGCCCGCGCAAACGUAAACUACGUAAAUUAUUAUUUGCUGCUUUGCUUAUUUUGGCUUUUGUGACAUGUUGGUGCUUACUGACAAUUACCAUUUUGAUAAUACAAAACAAAAUAACUGCAAAUGUUGACGAAGUAUCAACAGAGCGUGAUUUGCAUAGAAGUCAAGGGAUACAAGUGAUUGUUGGUCAUUACAACGGAAAUCUCGCUAGAGAAAAAUUAGCUAAUUUAACUUCAGAGCAAUUAAAUGCUAAUAAUUAUGCGCCGAUUUCUGGUGCUGGCGAAGGUGGACGACCUGUGAAAUUAAGUGAUGCUGAAGAACGUCUUUCCGAAGAUACUUAUGGAAUCAAUCAAUUCAAUUUAUUAGUGAGCGAUCGAAUAUCUGUGAAUCGAACUUUGCCUGAUAUUCGCAAACAUCAGUGCCGAGCAAAAAGCUAUCCGAUUGCUUCUGAACUGCCAAGCACUAGUGUUAUUAUCGUUUUUCACAAUGAAGCAUUUUCAACGUUAAUGCGUACUGUCAUGUCUGUCAUAUCAAGGUCACCACCUGAAACUUUGAAGGAAAUAAUUUUAGUCGAUGAUUUUAGUUCAAGAAGUUUCUUGAAAGAUGAGCUUGACAAAUUCGUAACUCGAUUAGGUAUUCAUAUUAAAGUGAUCAGAGCUGAUCAACGCAUAGGUUUGAUCAGAGCACGUUUGAUUGGUGCUAAAGAAGCAAAUGGUGAUGUUUUAACCUUUCUUGACUCACAUUGCGAAUGUACUAAGGGAUGGUUAGAACCGUUAUUGGCUCGAAUUAAAGAAAAUCGAAAAGCAGUAGUUUGUCCAGUAAUUGAUGUAAUCAAUGAGCGGACAUUUGCAUAUCAGAAAGGUAUUGAAUUGUUCCGCGGUGGUUUCAACUGGAAUCUGCAAUUUCGAUGGUAUGCUGUGCCACCAGAAAUGGUAAAAUUACGUAGAGAUGACCCAACAAAGCCAAUUGCAUCUCCAAUGAUGGCUGGGGGAUUGUUUAGCAUUGAUCGAAAAUAUUUUGAAGAAAUUGGCACUUACGAUCCUGAAAUGGAUAUUUGGGGUGGCGAAAAUAUUGAAAUAUCUUUAAGAAUUUGGCAAUGUGGUGGACAAAUUGAGAUAUUGCCCUGUUCUCACGUAGGUCACGUCUUUCGCCGAUCUUCUCCUCAUGACUUUCCGGGACGCAAAUCUGGAAUAAUUCUGAAUAGUAAUUUAUUGCGUGUAGCCGAAGUUUGGAUGGAUGAAUGGAAAUUUUAUUUUUACAAGAUGGCACCUCAAGCAUAUAAAAUGCGUGAAGCAACUGACGUGAGUAGCCGCGUAGAACUUAGAAAACGUUUAAAUUGCAAAAGUUUCAAAUGGUUUCUUGAUAAUGUCUGGACAGAUCAUUUCCUUCCACUACCUGGAAACACUUUUGGACGGGUAAUUCAUUCCAAAUCGCAAAGGGAAGCACUUAAUGGAUGCUUGUACUGGAUGAUUCCAUUUGGGGAAAGUAUCAGAGUAGCAACGAUGCAUAAUUGCUCCAAAUUGCAAUCUUUCGAUCGUACUGAGAUUUCGAACAGAAUUACGGGAAAUUGCUUGCUAGCUCGAAGUGGUGAACCUGGUGCCAAGCAAGGUAGCAUUACACUGGCUGGUUGUACUCUUGGCUUUGAUAUAUGGCAGCUUUGGUUAUUUACUAAAGAAGGUCAAAUAAAGACAGAUGAACAUCUUUGUCUUGGAGCUUAUCAACCAGUACAGCAACCAAAAAUAUGGAAAUUGCAUUUGAAAGAAUGUGGACAGUAUGAAUCAGAAUAUUGGACGUAUAAUAUUCAUAGAAAAUCUUUCCAUCACGUUAAAAGUGGACUGUGUUUAGAUCAACCUUCCGAAGAUUUAAGUAGUCAUCGUGCAAUAACUAUUUUAACACCCACAUUAAGUGAAUGUACACGUGGUGAAUUGAAUCAACAAUGGGUUAUGGAUGAGGUACAGUGGUUACCAAACAAUUUCUUCUCUUCGACGCAGCAGUGA